AUAAGCCGGCGUUGCUCUGUUUCUCUCUAUUUAUAGUUCUUUCCUUGGAAUAUCGUAACAACACUCAUCUUUCCUUCUUUUUCUCCACAAUUAAAUUCCCCUUUUUUUUUCCUUUUUAUAUAUAUAUACACAAAACAAAACCCCCUCUCUCAAAUUCCUCCCUCCAUAUUUAUAUUUCUUAGCCACACACAAACAUCUCUAUAUUCUCAAUGGCUAUCCCCAACAAAUUGGCUUUCCUCCUUUUCAUCUCAUCUCUCUUCGUCUCUGCAGCCUUUGGGGAGAUUGUGUGUGAGGAAUUGUCCGUGGAUGUUUGUGCAUUCUCAAUAGCCUCAUCGGGAAAGAGAUGUUUGUUGGAGACAUCAGAGACGAAAGAAGGAAAAUUUGAAUAUCAAUGUAGAACCUCUGAGGUUAUGGUUGAAUGGAUGGCUGAUUACAUUGAGACUGAUCAAUGCAUCAAUGCUUGUGGCCUCGACCGCAACUCCGUUGGUAUCGCCUCUGAUGCCCUCCUCGAGCCUCAAUUCACUGCCAAGCUUUGCUCCCCUUCCUGCUACCAGAAAUGUCCCAACAUUGUUGACCUCUACUUUAACAUGGCCGCAGGAGAAGGAGUAUUCUUGCCCGACCUUUGUGAGAAACAACGUACGAACCCACACCGUGCCAUGGCAGAGCUGUUGAGCUCCGGUAUCGCGGCAGCUCCAAUGUCGUCAGCAGAAAUCAAUGCAGUAUUCCCGGCAGCUGAAGCCCCAGCUCCGAUGUGAAAAGAAAGUUAAUUUCAUUAUUUGGUUGGUUAUUGUUUCGUCAUUAUUGUUAAUUUAAUUUUCCUUUGUAUACACACACACACAGCUGAGGAAAUAAAAUAGAAUGGGUAAAUGGGUUGUGAGGGAGAAAUUAAAAAAACGAGUGAAUUUCUUUAAAAUUCACUUUUAUUUUGAUAUCACUAUACGUGAGACGUGACGAUGUAUUUACGUCUUUUUCCAUAUACUAUUUUUCUUUUCAAUAUUCCCCCCCCCCCCCCACAUAUAUAUAUACACACAUAGAGUGAGUUGUGUAAUAAAACGUUGUUUGAUUUA